ACCACUAUGGUUGAUGGAACUUCUUAUAUGUUUGUCACAGGACCAGAUGUUGUAAAAACGGUGACUCAUGAAGAAGUCAGUGCGGAAGAACUUGGAGGCGCAAGAGUCCAUAAUGAAAAAUCAGGCGUUGCAGAUUAUCGCUUUGAUAAUGAUAUAGAUGCUCUGAAUUGCGUACGUAAUCUCAUAUCGUAUCUUCCAGGCUCCAAUCGAGAGAAGGCGCUGAUUCAAGAGAGCAAAGAUGAUGAAAAUCGCUUGUGCCCUUUAGAUCAUUGGAUUCCUUCAGAUUCAGCACAGCCUUAUGACAUGAAAGAAAUCUUGCGGACUGUUGUUGAUGAAAAUCACUUUUUAGAAAUUAAACCUGACUAUGCACAAAAUAUUAUUAUAGGCUUUGCGCGAUUUGGAGGGCAAAGCGUUGGAAUUGUCGCGAAUCAGCCUGCUCAUUUAGCAGGCUGUUUAGACGUCCAAGCUUCCACGAAAGCCGCAAGAUUUGUUCGUUUUUGUGAUGCGUUUCACCUUCCUGUCGUGACCUUUGUUGAUGUACCAGGUUUUUUACCUGGAGUUAAUCAAGAACAUGGGGGCAUCAUUCGUCAUGGAGCUAAGUUGUUAUUUGCGUAUGCAGAGGCAACAGUUCCAAAAGUCACAAUUAUUACCCGUAAAGCGUACGGAGGGGCUUACGAUGUUAUGAGUUCUAAACAUUUACGGGGAGACUUUAAUUUGGCUUGGCCAAGUGCAGAAAUUGCUGUUAUGGGCCCUAAAGGGGCUGUUGAAAUUAUCUUUCGAAAAGAGGAUACAAAUGCAGAAUCGCUUUUAGAAAAAGAGAAAGAAUAUAAAGAAACGUUUGCAAAUCCUUAUAUGGCAGCAUCGCGCGGUUUUGUGGAUCAAGUCAUAGAACCGCAUCAGACGCGACGGUCUAUUUGCCAGGCUUUAAAGCGACUUCGUUCAAAGGUUCUUGAAAAUCCUUGGAAAAAACACGACAAUAUACCUCUGUAA